AUGCCACCAAAGAAGACCAACGCAAGGAACAGGGUCACCAAGGGCGGCCGUCUCGGCCACGGCCCCAAAUGGACCCCCUUCAAAGCCUGGAACGCCUCCCGCACCGCCCGCGAGACCAUCCCCGGCGCAAUCUGCAAGCAAGUCGACUCUUUCUACGCCGACCCGCGUCGGUGGAACGCCGCCGGCCGUCCGCAGCGCCCGCGUCUCUCCACGCUCCCCAAAACAGAAGCCGAGAACGAGUCCGAGUGCAUCGCGGACCGCGCGCGCGCGGCGCUUGCCGAGCCCAUCGACGCUCCGGAGGUGAAGUACUGCUAUACCUGCUUCGAGUGCGGGCGGAAUCCGGAUGAUCCGGAGUGCAGUGUGCAGUGUUAUGACGAGCUUCACAGCGGUGGCGGUAGCAAAAACGGCAUGAAGACCUUUUUCAAGAAGUGGCUCGAGAUCCGACACACGGGCACCGCCGAAAAGGGGUACGGCGUGUUCGUCAAGACGAACGGUCGUUACGAGAUCCCCAAGGGGGCGUACUUGGGUCAUUACGUCGGCGAGAUCAUUCCUGGGCCGACGAAGGGGUAUAAUGCCAACAACAAGUACCUUUAUGAGCCGCAGGUUGGGCUGGAGUGGGACACUGACCGGCCCAUCAUUGAUGCGGGCAAGAUGGGGAAUUGGACAAGGUUCAUGAAUUCGAGCUGCGAUCCCAAUGUGAGCGAGUCGAUUAUGCAAAUUGGCAAGGUUAGGGUGAUUGCGUUCUUUGCGAACAAGACGUUGAAGUCCGGGGACGAGCUCUGUAUUUAUUAUGGGGAUGAUUAUUUCAGGGGUCAUGGUCUGUUGUGUACUUGUGACAACUUUGAGGGAUCGCAUGAUCCGACGGCCGUUGAAGCGGGACUCAAGGCGAGGGAGCGGCAUCAGCAGGCUCUGGCUCUGCAAUCUUGA